ACUCCAUGCUGCCACGUGUCCUAUUUUCAAGCUAAAAUAUACAAAAUUUCGCCCAUUUUGUAUAUUUUCCAACUUUAUAAUAUUUCAACAGUUGACAACCCAAAGUUUUCUUCGCUACUUCACUCUAAGCAAGAACUCUCAGGUUUUUGACUUGCGCUCAUAUUUCUUGCUACUUUCUAGUCUCUGUUCUUCAAGUUGAGGGAUAUCAGCUUGAAAUCUUGGCAAUAAUGUCGCACAAGGGACUUGAUUAUGAGUUAUUGAAUGAAAAUGUGAAGAAGUGCCAGUAUGCUGUCAGGGGUGAGCUGUAUCUUCGCGCUUCUGAGCUCCAGAAGGAAGGGAAGAAGAUCAUCUUCACAAAUGUUGGAAAUCCCCAUGCAUUAGGGCAGAAGCCAUUGACGUUCCCGCGCCAGGUAGUUGCUUUGUGUCAAGCCCCAUUUCUACUUGAUGAUCCUAAUGUUGGACUAGUAUUCCCAGCUGAUGCAAUUGCAAGAGCUAAACAUUACCUUGCAAUGACUUCAGGCGGUCUAGGCGCGUACAGUGAUUCAAGAGGCAUUCCUGGCGUUAGGAAAGAGAUUGCAGAGUUUAUUGGAAGGCGGGAUGGGUAUCCAAGUGACCCAGAACUCAUUUUCCUAACUGAUGGUGCCAGCAAAGGAGUGAUGCAAAUCUUGAAUGCUAUCAUUCGAGGCCAAAGUGAUGGGAUCUUAGUUCCUGUUCCUCAGUACCCACUUUAUUCUGCUACGAUUUCAUUAUUGGGUGGUUCUCUUGUUCCUUAUUAUCUGGAGGAGACAGCUAAUUGGGGUCUUGAUAUCAACAAUCUCCGUGAUUCAAUUCGACAAGCCACAUUUAAAGGAAUUACUGUACGUGCAAUGGUCAUUAUAAACCCUGGAAAUCCUACGGGGCAAUGCCUCAGUGAAGCCAAUUUAAAAGAAAUAGUGAAUUUCUGUAUCCAAGAGAAGUUGGUGCUUAUAGCUGAUGAAGUAUAUCAACAGAACAUAUACCAAGAUGAGCGCCCCUUUAUAAGCGCAAGAAAGGUUUUAAUGAACAUGGGCUUACCAAUGAGCAAGGAGCUCCAGCUUGUGUCUUUCCACACAGUAUCAAAAGGAUAUUGGGGUGAAUGUGGACAGAGGGGUGGAUACUUUGAGAUGACAAACAUUCCCCAAGAGUCAGUUGAUGAAAUAUACAAGAUUGCAUCAAUCGCACUAAGUCCUAAUGUACCAGGGCAAAUAUUUCUAGGAUUGAUGGUCAAUCCUCCAAAGCCAGGGGAUAUUUCAUAUCUCAGAUAUGAACAAGAGAGCAAAGGGAUCCUGGAAUCAUUGAGGAAGAGAGCGCGAAUAAUGACAGAUGGAUUUAACAGCUGUAGAAAUGUUGUCUGCAAUUUUACUGAAGGUGCCAUGUACUCCUUCCCUCAAAUAUGCUUGCCACCCAAGGCAAUAGAGGACGCCAAGAAGGCUGGGAAACACCCUGAUGUUUUCUACUGUCUCAAGCUCUUGGAAGCCACCGGCAUCUCCACCGUUCCUGGAUCAGGGUUUGGGCAGAAAGAAGGGGUGUUUCACAUGAGAACUACCAUCCUACCAGCUGAGGAAGACAUGCCUGCUAUCAUGGACAGCUUUAAGAAGUUCAAUGAUGCAUUUAUGGAGCAGUAUGAAGACCACCGAGGAUACUCGAGGAUGUGAUACUGUGAGAGAUUUCCUUGAAAUCACUUCUUUUAUUGCUUGUCAUGAACAAAUUAAUGUAUGUAUACCCUCCCCCCCUUCACCCCCCAAGUGGUGCUUGUAAAAUUUAAGGCGAAUUUGAUGUAAACUAUGCAACCCAUGAUUGCAAACUUUGAAUGAUCUGUAAACAAAUUAGUCCCUUUCAUUUUCA